AUGACCGAUCAGCUUACGGAUGAUCAGAUCUCUGAGUUCAAGGAAGCUUUCAGCCUAUUCGACAAGGACGGAGAUGGUUGCAUAACGACGAAGGAGCUGGGAACAGUGAUGAGGUCAUUAGGGCAGAAUCCAACAGAAGCAGAGCUUCAGGAUAUGAUAAACGAGGUGGAUGCAGAUGGGAACGGAACCAUAGACUUCCCGGAGUUUCUAAACCUGAUGGCUCGGAAGAUGAAAGACACGGAUUCGGAGGAAGAACUGAAAGAAGCCUUCAGGGUUUUCGACAAGGACCAGAACGGUUUCAUCUCCGCCGCUGAGUUAAGGCAUGUCAUGACUAAUCUCGGUGAGAAACUCUCUGACGAAGAAGUCGAUGAGAUGAUCAGAGAAGCUGAUGUUGAUGGUGAUGGUCAGAUCAAUUACGAAGAGUUUGUCAAAGUCAUGAUGGCUAAGUGA